ACAGUCCAGAGUUACAAUGUAUUACAGUGUAACCACAAGAUAUGAACAUCUCACAAUGUCCCAGCUGAGCCAUAUCACCUACCCUCAGGUGUUUGACCAGAAAACUGCAACUCAUGUGGUCGUUGCUGUGCUGUAUGGAGCUCAGGCCGUCAUGGUAUUUGAUCGGACAAUUUCAGAUGAAGAAAAAAAGCAGGAGAUUGAAGGAAAAUUGAAUGUCAUGGUCCAGAGCAUUUCUUCAUUUUCCAUUGAUGGAGAAGGAUCUGUAAAUAUGAAUGAAGAUGACAAGAAAAUUGUUGAGAAUACCAUCUGCACAUUUUAUGGGGACUUCUUACUUGAGCAGAACCCCACCACAUACGUAGAAGCCAUACAGACAUACAAGAAGCUCCCCGAACUGAUAAAGGAGAAUCCAAAUAGUGUGGUUCCGAUAAAAGUCUGGCUUUAUCCUCUUCAUCUACUGGACAAUAAAGCAGCUCAGCUGGAGAGAGAAAUCACUACAAGUCUGGUUUCCAGUAUUGAAGAUAUAAUCGAGGAGCUGGGAGAAGCAGAGAGGACAUACAAUGACCUGAUCAAAAGUGCAAUGGUCAAUGCCUUCAGUGACAUUAAAAAGAGGCUGCACUCAUAUCAGGAGUCAUUUAUGAUUUACAAGUCAAGGCUUCUGGGAGAAGUUGGCAGGAUCUUACCUGCUAUUCGAGGAGGAAAGAUGGAGGAGAAGUCUCUGGAAGAAUUCCUGAAGAAGCACAGCAGAUCCCCAUUCAAUGCUGACAUGCUUAACCACUGGUUACAUGGUGCAAAGUCUGAACUUGACCUCUUGAGUUCGGUCACUAAGUCAUUGGAAGGGAUCAAAAUUGAAGGCUCAUACUUUCCCAUGACCAUUUUCUUUUAUCGUAACGUUGAUGCAGUGGUGUGUUUCACGUUCACAUCUCUGAAGUAUGAAGACCCAUAUCUUUCAACCCUGAAAGAGUUUCUGGAAUCUGACAGGCAUAAAGAGCUAGACGGGAGUAAUAAUACGUUUUCUGUGAAAUCUCUCAGAAAGUGGUUCAAUGAUCCCAAAGUCAUAAUAAAGAUGAUAGAGAAUGUGUCUCAAUUCAGGAGGUUUGCAGAAGCCAAUAAAGAUGAUAAGAGUAUCCGCUUCAUUAUUUCUGCCAUCCCCAAUCCCUCCAUUGCAGGAGGCUCCAUAUAUCUGUAUAAAAAAGGGCAACUGACAGACACACAGUUCCAGCCCAUGUCCAAGCCAUCCCCACCAAUAGUGAAGAAAGUCCUGCCCCAAGGUGUGACCUAUAAACUGCAGAAGUCUUCAUCUGGAGAGAGAGUGCAGUACAGAGUGGAGUACAAGCAGGUGAAAUCACAUUCUGGAGCUGAGGAACCAUGGCUUUUUAUAGAGACAUAUGAUGAAGACAUUACUCUGACUGGAUUAGAGUCUGGAAAGCAUUACGUGAUCCACUACAAGAUCGUUGCUAAAGUGGGAUUGAGUGAAGCCAGUGACCCUGUUAGCGUUUCUCUUAGCGCUCCCCCUUCCAGAAAUGUGUUUAGCUUGGAUGGGUUUUUCAUCUCCCCGGAACCGAUGACCUGGUCUGAUGGCAGACGGUUUUGCAGAAAUCAUGGUGGAGAUCUGGUCAUUAUCAAGAGUGAAGAGAAGCAGGUGGGUUUGUGCAAGUGA